CAGUCUUUCCUAGACCACUCUCUUGGAGAUGGUUACGAGGUAGACAGGUAGAAGAGCUUCCUUAUUAAAGAAUGGCCGCUGAAACUUUCUGUGAUGUAUAAAGAUCAACCCAAGCUUGGUCUGGGUACAAAGCACAAACCCUUUAGCCCUCUCUCUCGAUUCCUCACUCUUCCUCCUUCAAUCCUUCGUUCCUGUUCUGUUGUAGCCGAGCUCAAUUUGGGCAAUGACGCCGGCUAGAAUCUUUGGGGGGUUGUUCCUCCUUUUGGCUCUCUACUGUGGAAUAGACCCUUUCAAGCACAGUGCCAUCUCCGACUUCCCUGAUUUCGAGGUUCACAAGGUCAAUAUGACUCCUUGGUCCCAGCUCCCAAAGGACAAAGAUCCUGAAAAUUUGUUGCAGAAGUCGGAGAUUAAGUUCCUGAACCAGGUUCAAGGCCCCGAAAGCAUGGCUUUUGACCCUCUAGGUCGUGGACCUUACACUGGAGUUGCCGAUGGCCGGAUUAUUUUCUGGAAUGGAGAGUCAUGGACCGAUUUUGCUUAUACUUCUCCUAACAGGUCAGAACUAUGUAGCACAAAGCCAUCACCUUUGAGUUACUUGAAGAACGAGCACAUCUGUGGCCGACCUUUAGGGCUUCGAUUUGACAAGAAAACAGGGGAACUGUAUAUUGCUGAUGCAUAUUUUGGGUUGAUGAAAGUGGGGCCAGAGGGUGGGUUGGCAACAUCACUUGCAUCAGAGGCAGAAGGGGUGCCAUUAAGAUUCACAAAUGAUUUGGACAUUGAUGCCGAAAGAAAUGUCUAUUUUACAGAUAGUAGCAGCAGAUUCCAGAGGAGGAACUUCAUGCAGCUGGUUUUUUCUGCAGAGGAGACUGGGAGGGUUUUGAAGUAUGACCCAGUGACAAAGGAAACCACUGUCCUUGUUCGUAACCUCCAAUUUCCAAAUGGUUUGACCUUGAGCAAGGAUGGGUCUUUCUUCAUCUUUUGUGAAGGCUCCCCUGGCAGGUUAAUGAGAUAUUGGCUGAAAGGCGAGAAAGCGGGGACAUCAGAUGUAUUUGCAAUCUUGCCUGGAUUCCCAGACAAUGUGAGAACCAAUGAGAAGGGUGAAUUCUGGGUUGCACUUCACUGCCGUCGAUCUUUGUACAGCCAUAUAUUGAGCUCCUACCCUAAAAUCAGAAAAUUCUUGCUUAAGCUCCCUAUUGUGGCCAAGUAUCAAUAUUUGGCAUCCAUUGGAGGUCGGCUUCAUGCAGCGGUUGCCAAGUACAGCUCUGAGGGGAAACUCUUGCAGAUCUUGGAGGAUAACCCAGGGAAGGUGGUGAGAGCAAUUAGCGAAGUUGAGGAAAAGGACGGAAAAUUGUGGAUGGGAAGUGUCUUGAUGUCUUUUGUUGCGGUUUACCAGUUGGAAUGAGGUGAUAAUGAAUUUGAUUUACUGCUCUGUCAAAUGGGGAAUUAGAUGGUGAACUAGCUUAUAAUUUUCAAUUCUCUUCAACUUUAUGCUUCUGUAAGUCUUUUUCCAAGGUUGUAAUCUUUCCCCUUUCUUACUCUCUCCACCUUCCUCCCUCUUAUUUUUUUUGGUGAUAAUAAAGCACCCCAAAAUCAGAAGAGGUCAAUUGAACAUGCUGGUUCAGCACAACCUGCUUGAGUAUUGUAUGGUUCAUUAAACAUAUACAGGUGGUCAACUGAUCAACCAAAAGCACAGACUGGGUUCAACAUAA